GAGAGAGAGACCCAGAGGGGGCGCAGCCGGGAACCGGGCACUUACAGUGGGCACAGAGAGAGGGAGAUCUGUUCACGUCUCCCAUCCAGAUCGGACACCGGCGUGAACAAAGCGGGGAAGACAAACUGCUGGGAAAGGAGUGUCAGAAACAAGUCAGUGUUUAACUUUCCCGGAGCGGAGCCUCCAGCGAGGAUUCAAUUUGACAACAUGAUACUGCAGGUGAAGUUUAUGACCGGUGACAUUGUCACACUUGAGAUCAAUCCUUCCAUUCAAGUAUCAGCUCUCAAGAUGAUGAUAUAUGAGAAGACCAAGGUACCUGUUUACCAACAGCGUCUGGUGAUACAAAACGGGAACACUCAAGAGCUGAAGGACAACAAGAGACUGUCUGACUACUGUGUCCCUCCCAGUAACACUGUCAUGCUGAUCGUCAAGAAUGAGGAGCGCAUGCAGAUCUUCCUGCAGAAUGACAAGGGAAAACUUUCUACAUACGAUGUUCGUCCCUCUCAGUCUGUUGAGGAAUUUAAAGCACAAGUCCAGCGACAGGAGCGUGUCCCAGCCAAUCAGCAGCGCCUGAUGUACGAUGGGAAACAGCUGGAGGAUGGUCGGUUACUCUCUGACUACAAUAUUCAGCCAGAGAGCACCAUCUUCCUCUUGCUGCGUUUGCGGGGUGGCUCACUGUGACAGCACCAAUACACAAUCAGUGGGAGAUGUUCCUCAAAACUGUUAUCAAAAUCUACUGCUGUAUUCCCCCAAUUACACAAUUCCUAUGUGGUUAGGGAUCACAGUUAGUAAAUAUACGGCCUUUUGGCUAUCAUUCUUAAUUUGUACCACACAUAGAUGGGGGCUAUCCAUGCCCAUAUUCCUGAUGUGCACAUACAGGCCAACACUUGCAAACAGCAAGAGAUACAUUGGGAGAGGGAGGGAAAUAAGAAUGUGAAAUGGGAACUGACAGUUUUAUUUAUUGAAUAAAUGUUAUCAAAGGCUACUGAACCUUUUUUCCUUUGGACCUGGAUUCAGAUUAGGCCCAACUUCCCUCAGUCUGCAGUUUGUGGGGAACCUGGCUGAAAUAACUGGGGUCAGGAACUCACAACAUAUACAUUCUUGCAGCAUGAAAAUGAUUGUUUUCUGCUUCUAAUUGGCAGCACCAGUGAGCUGUGCCUCAGGAUGGUUGAUAUACGAAUGGAGAAACUUACCUGUAAUAACGGUAUAGAAUGGAUGAGGGAAAUGACGAUCAAAGUAUCCUUUAGUUAAGAAUGAUUUAAAAUAUUCAAUACACAUUUUCUGACAUCUUACUUUACUUGAGAAGCCAUGUAUAUAUUAUAAAUGCUUUUUUUGGAAAACUCAUCUUUUCCGUAACAGGAUAUAUAUUGCCUGGACUGUACAUUUUAUUAAGGCAUAAGAUGUGAGUUAAAAAUCAAGCUGUUUCUUUGGAUUCAAGUUUAAAUGUUAAAUGUUGCUUCUGCUCCUUCAUGAUCUGUAAGUGAGAAUUAUCUGGGAAUCCACAUUUGGUACAUCAGGUCUCCAAAUACAAAACUAUUUCCAGAUGAUUUGUCAAACCAAGUAUUUUUAAAUGAACAACAGGAAUGUGCACUGAGCCCAUGAGGUACCAGAAUGAGAUACAUCUCACUGCAAAGUGCAUCUCCAGACAUUUUUUUUGCAAUGUUCUGUUUGUAAAAGGAUGCAUUCCAGGUUGUCUCUCUUUCAGGAUUGAUGUAUAUGAAAAGAGAAU